AUGGUGGUUCUAGGUAGGGAAGAGGAGUAUCUGAAGCUGGAGCGGUACCUGGACAUAUUUCUUAGUACUGGGGCUGGAGGGAUUGUUUACAUAAGUGGGGUUCCUGGGGCUGGAAAGACUCAUACCGUGCUUGAGCUGAUGGAGAGAAGACAAGUCUCGCAUCUAUUUCUGAAUGCGACUGAGUUGAGGUCGAAGAGAGAGGUGUACAGGUGGGUCCUCACGAACUUAUCCUGUAACUCUAGCCAAAAGAAGAUGUAUCUGAUGAACCUACAACGGCAUUUUAUGGAAUGUGCUCUGCCGCAUGUGAUUGUGAUUGACGAGGUGGAUACUCUCAUAGGGAAGAGCCAGGAAAUCCUAUACAAUAUAUUUGACAUGCCUUAUCUAAGGAAUAGCAAGCUAUUGCUGUUUGUGAUUUCCAACACCAUGAAUCUCCCGGAAAAGCUAUUUGAGCCCAAAGUUUGCAGUAGAAUAGGAGGAAGAAGGGUCAACUUCGUGCCAUACACAUCUGCACAGUUGUGUUCUAUCGCCAACGGAUGCGGAAUGAAAAGAAAGUGUGUCGAGCUUAUUUCAAAAAGAAUUGGGGCGAUCAGUGGGGAUGCACGAAAGGUGAGGGAUGUGAUUGAUAGGGUUAAGGAAAGUGAGAAAGGAAAUGAUGCGGAGAUACUAGACGUGGAUGGCAUUAUGAGAAAGAUGUAUGUCCCGGUGUAUACUUACUGCAUCCAGGGACUAUCUUUCUAUCAGAAGGUUAUUCUAUUUCUACUGAAUGGAAGUGGGCGUGAGAGAAUGAAAGUUAAUGAGCUGUAUGAGGAGUUUAUUUCUUUCUGCAAGAGAUCUGAUAUCGAGGAGAUUGGGUUUUUUGAGUACUUGGACCUUGUGGGGGGACUGACAAGAUGUGGGAUUCUCAGAUGUAUGAACUCUGGGAAGGAAGUUCUGGCGAUGGUUCUAAGAGAGGAGGUUGAGAAGAGCCUCGAGGGUGACAAGGAGUACCUGGAAAUGUCUGGGAAGGGAUGUGGCCGAAGAUUGUAUGGGAGGGUUUCUGGUUAA